AUGCUCACUCGGGUGAAAUCUGCCGUGGCCACCUUCAUGGGAGGUGUGAUAGCCGGCGGCGGCGGAGCAGGAGGCGACCACUCCACCGGGUCGGAGGUGGCUCCAAAAUUCCCGUACGGUAGACCGGAGUUCCUGGGACUGUCGCCGGAUGAGGUGGAGUGCUCGGCGGAUCAUUCCGCUCGGCCUAUCGUCAUCCUGAAGGAGAGCAAGAGGCUGCCCUGGUCCACUGGCUAUGCGGAGGUGAUCAAUGCAGGAAAGAGCACUUUAAAUGAGGAUCAGGCCUGCUGCGACGUGCUGGUGGUCAAGAGAAGACUGCCAGGAAGCUCUGCAAUGUCCAGUUGGGGCCCCAAGGCUCGGAGGAGGUCUUCCCUACCCAACGGAGAGGUUUUGGGCCUCAGAGAAAGCCUGGCCAACAAUGACGACCUGGCCUUCCACUACUGGGGGCUUUUCGACGGUCACGCCGGCUGCGGGGCGGCCGUGGUGGCGUCGCGUCUCCUCCAUCACCACAUCGCGCUGCACCUUCAGGAGGUGAUGGAAAUCCUGUGCACGCCCGACCUCCAGCCACCCACCUGCCUGAGUGAGGAGCCCGUCCGCUGGCAACACCAGCACCUGAAUCCCAACCAUCGUGCCCUCUCCAGGGCCGUGUCGCUACGCGGGGCCGCAGGUGCCCCCGGGUCCCCGGGUGUGCCGCCCACGCGCUUCUUUGCCGAGAAGAAAGUGUCGCACGAGAGCCUGGUAGUCGGCGCCAUUGAGAAUGCGUUCAAAGACAUGGAUGUACAAAUAGAAAAGGAGCGAGCUGUCUACAACACAUCCGGAGGCUGCACAGCUCUGGUGGUGCUCUGCCUGCUCGGGAAGCUCUACGUGGGCAACGCUGGCGAUAGCAGAGCUAUCAUCAUCCGGGGAGGCGAGGUCAUCCCAAUGUCAAGAGAGUUCACACCAGAGUCAGAGAGGCGGCGACUGCAGUUCCUGGCCUACAUGCAGCCCCACUUAUUAGGAAAUGAGUUUACACAUUUGGAAUUCCCGAGGAGAGUGCAGAGGAAGGAGGUUGGGAAGAGGAUGCUGUACCGGGACUUCACCAUGUCAGGAUGGGCUUAUAAAACCAUUGAGGACAACGACCUGAAGUUUCCUCUCAUCUACGGCGAAGGGAAAAAGGCUCGGGUGCUAGCGACAAUCGGCGUCACCAGAGGUUUUGGCGACCACAAUCUCAAAGUACACGACUCCAACAUCUACAUCAAGCCUUUCCUCUCUUGCUGCCCUGAAGUCAACAUUUAUCCGCUGGGGCAGUACGAACACGACAUCGACGACGUUUUGGUCCUGGGAACCGACGGCUUAUGGGACGUACUCUGCAACCAGGAAGUGGCAGAGGCCGUCACCUGUUUCCUGGCCAACUGUGACCCUGACGACCAGCAUAGGUACAGCAUGGCCGCUCAAGACUUGGUGAUGAAGGCUCGCGGCGUUCUGAAGGACGGUGCCUGGAGGAUUUCCGGGGACAGACUGGGCUCCGGAGACGAUAUUUCCGUCUAUGUCAUCCCCCUCGUGCAUUGCAACGAGCUCUACUGA